UUUCAGCUGUUAAAAAGUUCAAAAAGAAUUUUUUUUGGAAUAUUUGUAGAAUUAUAAUGGCUGAAACUGAGAAUAAACAGAUUGACGAGAAGACUGCUUCAAUCAAAAAGAAAAAAUCUUAUACUGUUGACUUUAAAUUAGAAGUUGUUGAAUUCGCUAAAAAUCACAAUGCUUCAGAAGCGUGCAGGCAAUUUAGUGUGGAUAGAAGACGAAUACGUGAUUGGACGCAACAAGCUGAUAAACUUAAAGAAUUAAGAAAUUCAACUCCAUUACAUAUUCAAAAGCGUCGAUUAACGGGAGCUGGGCGUCAUAUCCACAACGUAGAAUUUGAAAAAAAUUUACUAGAAUGGAUUAAAGAACAACAAUUAAAAGGAGAAAAACUUUCUCGAAGAAUAAUUAAAAUGCAGGCAAGCCAAAUGUCUUCAAAUUAUCCCGAAUGUUUUGAGGCAAGUGAAGGUUGGCUGCAAAAAUUUUUAAAAAGAAAUAAUAUUUCUUGCCAAAAUCCAAAUCCUUCUGCAAAUCAAGAAACUAAAGAAUAUGAGAAAGAGCUUUUUGAUUUUGCCUUGUAUUUACAGGAAUUUAUUAAAAACGAAAAUUUAAAUGUAAAAUAA